ACACACAGAAAUGGCUGAGAGAAGCUGCGAGAUUCCAACAGUACACCCUGGGAACAAGAAAAACAACAGAAAACAGAAAUCGCGCGCCCGUGUGCAGGGCCGUACACAGAAGAUGGAUAAGGCUGUGGUGAAACGUACUGUGGACAAACGCUUUGCCUGUACGGAAUGUAAUUAUAGGACAGAUAAAAACUCAAGCCUAUCUAUACAUAUGAGAACGCAUACAGGAGAAAAACCCUACAAGUGUGACCAGUGUAACUUUUCCUCUGCACAGAAAUGCAACUUCGAACAACACAUGAACAGUCACACUGGAGAGAAACCCUACAUGUGUGACAAGUGUGGGUAUAGGACGGGUUACAGGUCUACCCUUGCACUACACUUGACGAUACAUACAGGUGUAAGACCCUUUAAAUGUGACCAGUGCGACUAUUCUGCUGCACAGAAGUGUCAUUUAGCAAAACACAUGUCUAAACAUACCGGAUACAAACCCUACAUGUGUGAGGAGUGUGGAUACAGAGCGGCUUACAGGUCUAGCCUAUCUAUACAUAUGAGAAAACAUACCGGUGUGAAACCUUUUAAGUGUGACCAGUGUGACUAUUCUACUGUACGGAAAAGCCAUUUAGACCAACACAUGGGCAAACACACUGGAGAGAAACGCUACAUGUGUGGAGAGUGUGGAUACAGGACGGCUUACAGAUCUCACCUUUCCACACACAAGAAAACUCAUUCAGAUGGGAAACCCUAUAAAUGUGACCAGUGUAACUAUUCUACUAUACUGAAAAGUGAUUUAGUCCAACACAUGGCUAAACACACUGGAGAGAAACCCUAUGUAUGUGGUGACUGUGGAUUCAGGACGGCUUACAGGUCUGCUCUAGCCAGACACAAGAGAACACAUACAUGUGGGAAACCAUAAGAAAUGUGACCAGUGCGACUCUUCUGCUGAAAUUUCAAAUGCAGAAGUAUAGUUUGAAUGAACACAAGACUGCACACAGAUGGGAACUAGAUGCAACCAACGGAAAACUUCUGUGGCACGGAAACUAUCAUGAGAACUGGGACAAAAAAAGUACUCACGGUCCGUACUCAGUCUGGUACUUCAGCAACGUAAGGCGAGAUGGUGGAUGAUACUAGCUACUUAUCUGACCAGUCUUUAUAAAAGGCAGUAAUCUUUUGUACAUAAGUACAGUGUUAAUGUAAAUGAGGAAGUGUAAAUGUGAUGAUGUUGUACAUGCAUGUAUAUGUGUAUGCUACUUUAAGGCCACACCAAUUUAAUUUCUUGGUUACAUGUACUAGUACUACUAGUUUCUGUUUGUACAAAGAAGAAAGAACAUUGUUUUGGGGUACAGCUA